UAAUAUACCAACUGUCAAUUAUUUUUUUUCAUAUUUUCACAUUUAUAUAUAAAACUAUUACAUUGAUUUAGCUUUCGUGAUUCCGAACUGACCGACUAUGACAUCAGCGAUUUCCAUGUGAACGAGCAGACACUUGAUCACAACGGCUCUAUCCCAUCUGCAGACGGUCAUCUUGUGAAGGCUGAACAUAGAGAGCUUACGAAGCCCGAAACGGUUGUGCCAGCUCCCAUUACUUCCACUGAUCGGAACACAACUGGGGACAGUGACGACUAUGUCAAGGUGAAUGUAGAUCCGAUCUAUGAUAUGCCUCCUCAAAAUGGAAAAGCUAUGAGUCCCGAAGAGGCAAGGAAGUUGCAGGAUCUAUGCAAAGAGUACGACUUUGGAACUGACAUUGGACCGGAGGCCACAGGACAUUCCACAACGAGUACCAGAGAGCUGCCGGAUGAAGCCGAACAGAAAAUCCAUCACGUGCCUAUUAAAACUCCUGAAAUUAAAAAGGAUCUCUGCAAAGAGUACGACUUUGGAACUGACAUUGGACCGGAGGCCACAGUUACACAGCAGUCUUUUCCAAUAAGCGGUCAAUUUUCUCCUCCUGUUAUUGUUCCGCCAAUAGAGCAGCAGGGACAUUCCACAGCGAGCACCAGAGAGCUGCCGGAUGAAGCCGAACAGAAAGUCCAUCACGUGCCUAUUAAAACUCCUGAAAUUCAAAAGCAUUAUGCUGCCCAUAAGGACGUGAGAGCACCAUCCUAUGUGUCAAAUGUCCAAUGA